AUGGGAGACUGUAGUAGCGGAGCUAUGCAUGGUGUAGGGGGCUCAAUUGAAUCCUCUUCAUCGCAAAAUUGUACUUCAUAUAUUGGUAGCGGUAUUGCUGGUGUUGUACUUCCUGGACAAGAAGAGAAGGUAGUAGCCAUUCGAAAGGGUGACGCGAUUGCGCUUCCUGUUGGAAUUGUCACAUGGUGGUACAAUAAAGAUGUUACAGAACUUGAGAUACUCUUUCUUGGUGAUACCAAAACUGCAGUUAAACUUGGUUCAUUCGCUGACUUCUUGUUGAAGGGGUCGAACGGCAAUAAUCUCUCUUGUUUUUCCCCUGAGUUUAUUGGCAGAGCAUGGAAAUCGGACAAAAGUAUUCUCAAGACUCUCGUUGGUCUGCAUCUUGCCAGGAGUAUCGUCAAGCUUGUUCCAGGCUUUGAAAUCUCAGAGGCGGAGCUAAAGGACUACAGAGAUGGCAUGUUACUAAACUGUGAGGAAACAGCCCCUUCCCGUUCUGACACUAAUGGUGGUGGAGAGAUAUUGGAUUUGAAUACCGAAAACUUGCCAAUCAUUGGCGACAUUGGACUUGGUGCUAGUCGUGCGACGUUGAACGGCAAUGCUGCGUACUAUCCUGAAAUUUCUGUUGAUCCAGCAAUUCGCGUCACUGAUAUUAUAAAAGGCAGCGGCAGAGUGAAGGUGCGUGAUUUUUGUGGUUUUGUUACAGAAAGACAGAUCGAAGUUGGUGAAUUGUUUGUUGUUCCAAGGCUAUUAAGUGUGUUGAAAAUUGCUGAUCCUGAGGGCAUGGAGUGGUUCUCUAUUGUCACCAACGAAAAUGUAAUUGUUUUAUAUAUGAGAUCACAUUACUUUUCAUCAAUGUUGCUCAGACUCUCCAAAAUGUUAUCAUACCUUGUCGGAUCCUUCAAAUACUCACUAUUUUUGGAGGAAAGGACACACACCCUACGACAUAUUUGGAGAGUCUGACCAAUAUAGCUUUCUAUUAUGGCUAUAAGUUGAUUCUAAUCUUAACCAUUUCUAUUCAACAGUCCAACAACUAUCUCACACUCGGCCGUUGGGGCCUCAUUUCUGAUAGCUCUAUUCCCAAAAGUUCAAGUUCUCCUGGUAGCUCUUAAUGUGCUCCAUAUGUACAAAAGCAAUUUAGC